AUGAUUAUGGAAACCUCGUUCCAACCAAGAAUUUAUAAUAUUGCUGAAAGGCGCAAUUACACACCAAACUUUACUUCAACCGACUAUGAAACCAAUUUCUUAAAUAAAGGAACUCCGUUAGUUAUUGAUAACGGAUCAUAUCAGUGUCGUGUUGGGUGGGCUACUGAUAUUUCACCAAGAUUACAAUUUGAUAAUUUGGUGUCUAAGUAUAAAGAUCGCAAAUUAAAUCAAAGCGUUUUGUUGGUCGGCAAUGAUGUUUAUACGGACGCUACGGCAAAAACGAAUGCAAAAUCGGCGUUUGAUGGAAAUAUAGUAUAUAAUUUUGAAACUAUGGAAUCUGUUUUAGAUUACAUGUUUACCAAACUUGGAAUAAAUACCGAUAGAGUAAAUCACCCGAUAUUAAUGACCGAGCCUGUAUGCAAUCCAAGCCAUUCGCGAAAAUGUGGAAUUGUGAUAUCAUCUGGCCACACUACAACCCAUGUUAUACCAGUAUUUGGUCGUAGCGUGUUAGGGCAGACUAAAAGGAUAUCAUAUGGUGGAUUGACAUCAACGGACUAUAUGUUAAAGUUAAUGCAAUUAAAAUAUCCAACAUUUCCAACGAAGAUGACUGUUAACCAAGCACAACAUCUUGUACAUAAUCAUACGUAUGCUGCCGAAGAUUAUUUCUCGGAAUUAAAGGAAUAUACAGAUCCGAAGACAUUUGCAGAAAAGGAUCGAAUCAUUCAAUUUCCUUAUGUGCCACCGGCUAAUGAAAAGAGUGAAGAGGAAUUAGCCAGAGCAGAAGAAAGAAGGCAAGAACAAGCGCGUCGUUUAAAAGAACAGGCCGCGAGAUUAAGACAUCAAAAGUUAAAAGAUCUAGAAAGCACUUUGGAAUUUUACAUGGAAAUCAAAACAAGCAAGUCCUCAAUGAAAAAAGCAGAAUUUAUUGCAAAACUUAAAGAAAACAGAAUUAAUGAUGAAGCAGAAUUGGAUGAGGUCAUUCAAAAAACUGAAAAGGCGGUACAACGAGCAAGGAAUAAAUUAUUAGGAAUUGAAGAAGUUGAAAUAAAGUUAAAUGAAGCUGAGAGAAAGGAGAAAAAAAAGCAAAUUGCUUCCAAGAGUCUUCAUGAAACACGUCAAAGACAACGAGAAGCAAAAGAACUAGCUAGACGACAGCAAGAAGAAGAAAAAAGAAUGGAAGAGCAAAGACGACAAACGGAUUUUGAAGGCUGGUUAAAUGAACUUAAGCAGAAUUAUGAGAAUCAACUUGAUAAAGUAAAAAGUCUCAAACGAAAAAAAGAACAGCUAUCUGAUCGGAGGAGUCAUGCUUCCCAGUUGCGCAUGAAAUCAAUCGCUAAUUUGGCUAGUGAUACUCCACAGCAAAAGAGACGUAGAAGAGGUCAAGAUGAGGACACAUUUGGGAUGGAUGAUAAUGAUUGGUCUAUUUAUAAAGAAAUACAUACAUUUGAUGCAAAGAACUCUAUUAAGAAUUCCCUCAUUUUCAUGUUUACUCGAGGAGUCACACCUCCAUUUGAUCCAGAGAAUUUUGCGCAAAUGCAUCAAUUACAUGUAAACAUUGAAAGAAUAAGAGUUCCAGAAGCCUUAUUUCAACCUAGUAUACUUGGGUUGGAUCAGGCUGGAAUAGUAGAAACCAUUGGAGAAAUAAUAAGCCGGUUUGAGGAUGUAGAUGCAAGAAAAAAGAUGAUUCGGUCUGUAUUUGUAACUGGUGGGCACACGCAAACUCCGGGUCUUUUAAAGCGGUUAGAAAUUUCUCUUCGGUCAAUUUUACCAGCUGGAUCACCACUCCAAAUCAUUCACGCAAAAGACCCAGUACUUGACGCAUGGCAUGGUGCAGCUCUUUGGGCUCGAUCAUCUGAAUUUCAGAAUUAUUCUGUUACGGUAGAAGAAUACAACGAAUGUGGAGGAGAAUACAUAAAAGAGCAUCGAUUCGGAAAUGUAUACUAUAAAACAUGA